AAGUCCUGGGGAUUUUUUCUUUCCCCUGCUCAGGAGGCCCAGGCUCAAGCAAAUUAUAAGUGGGAAACCCAUUGGAAGGAAAGAAAUUUGAACCGACUUAAGACAAGAGAGGGCUCUUGGAAGCCGCGAAGGCUCUGAGAAGUCUGUUCCGGACCGAGCCGUCGCUGGAGGCCCCUGGCGGCGCGCCCGGGCGCGGAGCUCCGCGAUGGGCCUGCUCCAGGGCCUCCUCCGGGCGAGGAACCUGCUGCUCGUCAUCUUCGUGCCGCUGAUGCUGCUGCCUCUGCCCGUGCUCCACCCCAGCAGCGAAGCUGCGUGUGCUUACGUGUUGAUCGUGACCGCCGUGUACUGGGUGUCUGAGGCGGUCCCCCUCGGAGCUGCGGCCCUGGUGCCUGCCUUCCUCUACCCGUUCUUCGGAGUCCUCCGAUCCAGCGAGGUGGCCGCCGAGUACUUCAAGAACACCACGCUGCUGCUGGUGGGCGUCAUCUGCGUGGCAGCUGCCGUGGAGAAGUGGAACUUGCACAAGCGUAUUGCUCUGCGCAUGGUCAUGAUGGCCGGGGCCAAGCCGGGCAUGUUGCUGCUCUGCUUCAUGUGCUGCACCACACUGCUCUCCAUGUGGCUCUCCAACACGUCCACCACCGCCAUGGUGAUGCCCAUCGUGGAGGCCGUGCUGCAGGAGCUGGUCAGUGCCGAGGAGGAGCAGCUCGUGGCCGGCAACCCCAGCUCCGAAGAGGCCGAGCCCAUCAGUCUCGAUGUGAACAACAGUCAGCCCUCGCUGGAACUCAUCUUCGUCAGUGAAGACACGUCGUCGACUGCAGACUUCACUUCUCUGAUGCAGAACAAGAACCUGAAUGGUGUGUCCACAAUCACCAACCCGGUCAAAAUGGCAACCCCCCAGGGCAAGAAGCAGCACCGAUCCCAGGAGAAGCCACUGGUCCUGAUCCCUGGGCCCAGGAACCAGGAGAUCAACAGAAAGCACAAGUCCCAGCACGACCAGAUGAUCUGCACGUGCCUGUCUCUGAGCGUAUCUUACGCCGCUACCAUUGGGGGGCUGACCACCAUUAUUGGCACCUCCACCAGCCUCAUUUUCCUGGAACACUUCAACAACCAGUAUCCAGCUGCAGAGGUGGUCAACUUCGGCACCUGGUUCCUCUUCAGCUUCCCCAUCUCCCUCAUCAUGCUGGUGGUCAGCUGGUUCUGGAUGCACUGGCUGUUCCUGGGCUGCAAUUUCAGAGAGACCUGCUCGUUGAGCAAGAAGAAGAAGACCAAAAGGGAAGAGUUGUCAGAGAAGAGGAUCCAAGAGGAAUAUGAAAAGCUGGGAGCCAUUAGCUACCCUGAAAUGGUCACUGGAUUUUUCUUCAUCCUCAUGACCGUGCUGUGGUUUACCCGGGAGCCUGGCUUUGUUCCCGGCUGGGAUUCGUUCUUUGAAAAGAAGGGCUACCGCACGGAUGCCACUGUCUCCGUGUUCCUCGGCUUCCUCCUCUUCCUGAUCCCGGCAAAGAAGCCUUGCUUUGGGAAGAAGAGUAACGGGCAGCACCAGGAGCGCUCCCGGAGGACAGAGCCCAUCAUCACGUGGAAGGACUUCCAGAAGACCAUGCCCUGGGAGAUUGUCAUUCUGGUGGGAGGCGGCUAUGCUCUGGCUUCUGGCAGCAAGAGCUCUGGCCUCUCCACCUGGAUUGGGCACCAGAUGCUCUCUCUGAGUAGCCUCCCACCGUGGGCCGUCACCCUGUUGGCUUGCAUCCUGGUGUCCAUUGUCACAGAGUUUGUGAGCAACCCAGCCACCAUCACCAUCUUCCUGCCCAUCCUAUGCAGCCUGUCUGAAACGCUGCACAUUAAUCCACUCUACACCCUGAUCCCAGUCACCAUGUGCAUCUCCUUUGCAGUGAUGCUGCCCGUGGGCAACCCCCCCAACGCCAUCGUCUUCAGCUACGGGCACUGCCAGAUCAAAGAUAUGGUGAAAGCUGGCCUGGGGGUCAAUGUCAUUGGCCUGGUGAUCGUGAUGGUGGCCAUCAACACAUGGGGAGUUAGCCUCUUCCACUUGGACACUUUUCCAGCCUGGGCUGAGGUCAGUAACAUCACGGAUCAGGCCUAACACAAGCGGGCAGACGGCCCAGCCCGAGGAGCCACCAGCACCUACCAGAAUCUGACCAACAGGCCGAGAAAGCCGCCAGGGGCACACAGACCUCCCCGGAAGAUUCCAGCACCCGCCACCUCAGGUGACAGCAGGAAGCCUCCGGCAGCCGGAACGCAUGCUUGGAUGUUAGUGCCUUCUUCUCCGCCCUCCUUCCUUAGCACCGUAGUCCAGCAAAACCUGGGAGAGUUCUCCUUUCCUGUAUCUCGGGGUCUCCAGGCCUUUCUGAGAGCAGAGGCUGAGCCUCACAAACUAGCCUCACUGGCUUUGACGUUAUUUGUAAUAUCUUAACCCGUCUUUAGGAGUUGAAGGGGAAAUCCAAAACCAUCCUACCUGUGUAGUCGCAUCUCCUCUUUUGGAGGAAAAUCUUCCCCCAGAACUUUCUCCUCAGCGUUUCUAUCCUAAAUUCUCACCACAAAAAGGCAAUCUUGGCAAGUCCUCUCGCUGGCAAUCAGUACUCUUUUAUCACAACUUGGAUUCCCUUCUAAGCAUCUCUCUUCAGUGGCUUCUCUUUACCCUUGGCACCAAAGUCCCAUAAAGAAACAGUGUUCCCCUCUAGAAAGAGGCUUGUACUGUUCCCUUUGUCAAAGGAAAAGGAAGUAGAGGAAGAAGACACAUUGACAUUAGUACAGAUAUCCCUGGCUUUUCAAAAGUUCUGGUGACGCCACUUUGCUUCUACAAAAGACCUAUAUGGGUACCUGUUUUUGCUAACCGGAGGAAAUCUGAAGAGGAUUUUCAGGUUUCUGAGAAGAGUGCAAUUAGUGUUCAGCAGUGGUGUUGCGGCGAGCCCUUCGAGGGGCAGUGCACAACCUGAGCAAUUGGAGUGGUGCCUCCCAGGAAACUGCCAGAGCUGAGGGCUGCAUCUGUGCUGUGUGCCCAUUUACUGUGUGUGCCCGUCAGCAAGAUGUGUCCUAAGGUAUCAGAAAAGCCUAAGUUAUGGUGGAGGUCUGGAAACACUCCAAUGUCUUUCCAUAUAAAUGAAUGAUAAUUACUUCUUCGCUUUAUGUCAUUCUGGCUUACGAAAAGUUUCAUAGGAAUUCUCUACUUUAGGAGAGUGGGGGGAACCUCUCUCUCUCUUUGCUUCCCACUAAUCAUCAAAGCCACUGCACUGGUUGAGCUGGCAGGGAGAAAAAACUUCCAUACCUGUCUUACUAAAAAGGCCAAAACCGGGGCACCUGAGUGGCUCAGUCGGUUAAGUGUCCAACUUCGGCUCAGGCCACGAUCUCGCAGUUUGUGAGUUCGA